AUGGUGAAGGAGACGAUCCGGGUGUACGCGCGGGUGAAGCCGCUGGGCAGGCGGCAGCAGGCGGGGAGUUAUUCCGUUGAUAAUGAGGAACUUCUGCCCAGUCUGGAGAUUACUGUGCCACGUGACUUAGCAGAUGGGUUCAUUAAUAAUAAACGAGAAAGCUACAAGUUCAAAUUUCAGAAAAUUUUUGAUCAAGAGGCAAAACAAGAUGUGAUUUUUGACAGCAUUGCCAAACCAGUAGCAGAAUGUGUUUUGGCUGGAUACAAUGGUACUAUCUUUGCAUAUGGUCAGACAGGCAGUGGCAAAACUUUUACCAUCACGGGAGGAGCAGAACGUUACAGUGAUCGAGGCAUCAUUCCCAGGACUUUAUCUUAUAUUUUUGAUCAAUUGCAGAAGGAUAGCAGUAAAGUGUACACAACUCAUGUUUCCUACUUAGAAAUCUACAAUGAAUGUGGUUAUGAUCUGCUGGACCCAAGACAUGAGACCUCCAAAAUGGAAGAUUUGCCAAAAGUGACAAUAAUGGAAGACUCUGAUCAAAACAUUCAUCUGAAAAACUUGUCUCUUCAGCAAGCAACUAAUGAAGAGGAAGCCUUAAACCUACUCUUCUUGGGGGACACCAACAGAAUGAUUGCUGAGACACCAAUGAAUCAAGCCUCAAGCCGGUCUCACUGCAUUUUCACUAUUCACAUCACCAGCAAGGAACCUGGAUCUGCAACUAUCCGGCGCUCCAAAUUGCAUUUAGUAGAUCUUGCUGGAUCAGAACGUGUUGCAAAGACUGGAAUUGGAGGCCACUUACUGACAGAAGCCAAAUAUAUCAACCUGUCAUUACAUUAUUUGGAGCAGGUAAUAAUUGCCCUUGCAGAGAAAAACCGGUCUCACAUUCCUUACCGAAACUCUAUGAUGACCUCAGUGCUAAGAGACAGCCUGGGAGGCAACUGCAUGACUACCAUGAUAGCAAUGCUUGCUAUGGACAAAAGAAACAUAGAUGAAUCUAUAUCAACCUGCAGAUUUGCACAGAGAGUUGCUCUUAUUAAGAAUGAAGCAGUUCUUAAUGAAGAAAUUGACCCCAGAUUGAUGAUUAUCCAGCUGAAAAAGGAGAUCCAGGAUUUGAAGGAUGAGUUGGCACUGGUGACUGGCAAGCAAAGAAAAUCAGAGCUUUCCCAAGAAGAGCUACUUCAGUUGGAUGAGUUAAUUGAAAUAUUUCUCAAAGAUAAUGAUCCUGAUAGCUCUCUAGAUGUUGGUGCUGACAUGCGGAAGAUCAAGUAUUGCUUCGUUCACAUGAAGCAAAUUAUAAAUCAUCCAAUGACUUCAGGUAAAAAACUGCUCUCAGAAGACAUCUCUGAAGAAAAAAACAGUAAUGAAGAACUGGAAAAACUGAAAGGACUAUUGCAGCAAAGAGACAAUGAAAUCAAUAUUCUGGUAACUAUGCUGAAAAAAGAAAAAAAGAAAGCACGAGAUACUCUUUCCCAGCUUAAUGCCACCUCUGCUGGUUCUGCAGUCUUGGAGCAGUCUCCUUCUAUGAGCUUGGAAGAAAGUCAGAGUCCAUCUAGAUCUAAUCAAGAAAUCAGAAUAUAUAGUUUCAGGAGGCAAACUGGAGGAAAGAUGUCACUUGGAUGUCAGGAAGCUUUUGAAAUUUUCAAGCAGGACCAUGCUGACAGUAUAACCAUUGAGGACAACAAACAGCUUCUGAAGCAGAGGUUUGAUGAAGCUAAAUGCCUUGGAGAGAAAUUAAAUGAAGUGAGAAAUAAAAUAAACCAUCUGAAAGGAAAGAUAAUCCAGAGGCAGAUACAGAGAGCUGCUCUAGCUGUUUUAAAUCCUUCUGAAGAACUAACGUUUGAUCCAGUAGAAGAGAAUCUUCGAAUGAAAAUUGAAGAAGAAAAAAAAAGCUAUAAAACAGUGUACAGUCGCUUCAAAGGACUGAAGGUAGAGAUUGAGCACCUACAGCUUCUUAUGGAAAAAGUGAAGAUGAAGGUGCAAAAAGACUUUGAGGUCUGGUGGUCUGAAGAGGCAAAAAAAUUCCAGGAAAAGCCAGAGAUGGUUGACUCACCAAAUACUGUCAAUCCUGUUUAUCCACAGUUUAUCAGAUCCUCACAGCACCUAUCACCUAUCAGUUUUUCAGACACCAGUAGAGAGAGCCCUAAUGAAGAUCCACCUGUGAAAAACAAUUCAGUCACUUCUGGUAGCCCAACUUUAAAAACAAGGACCCCACCAAGUUCAUCUAUUCCUCUGACUGGAGACAGCCAGGCUGAUGCUGACAUCCUAGCUUUCAUUAAAGCAAGACAGAACAUCCUCCAGAAGAAAGGCUUGGGGAACAAAUGAAAUUCUUGUCAGACUCCACUAUUUCCUUUUAGAAACUGUGAAAGUCCUUUAUUCUUUCCCUUCCUCUUCUGUUUAGAAACAGGUACAAGUAAGUACUUCACAUGUACAGGUUUAAUUGGUAAUAGCAUAUAAAUUGUCUUUGACAGCAAAAUCCAUUUCUCUGACAAUAGAUAUUUGAGUAUUUGCACUCAGUAUCUUCACCUUCCUUUAAGAUUAACAAAACUGAAACAACUAAUCAGGAGUUUGACAAACAUUUUUGUUUAUGAGAAUUCAUUGUAGAUUUCUAAAUAUUAAAAUUAUCUAAUAUAUUAAUGCACUUAUACAUCUUUAAUCUGGGAAAGGCUUAUUACUGCUGGUAGGGGUUUUUUGCAUUGAUUUGCAUAAGGCUUUGUUAAUUAUACCUAUUGAACAUCAAGAGAUAUUCAUUCAAUAACAGUAGUUAUCUGCAUUACAAAAUUCCAUAAAAUUUCAUUUGAGAUUUUUUCCCCCUCAAGGAAUAACAAUUUUCAUAUCAGAUUAUUAGAAUACUGAGAUUGCAUUGUAAUAUAAAACCAAAUGUAUUUUAGGAAGUAAUUCUAGAGCUCAAAAUUUCUCAGCUGUUUUCUUUUUAUUUGAAUGGACUAAAUGUUGUACAGAAUGGAUUAUAUGCUGUGCAAAAUGCAUACCCUCCCAGAAUAUACAGGUUUUAGAAGAAACAACGACACUAAACAGGCUUUAAACAGAACAAAGCCAAUACUUGUGAAACACCAAUGAGAUGUGAAAAUUUAAAUGCAUUUAUAUCUUAUAUUCAAUGUAAUUUCACUAUUGACUGGGUACUAUUUUAUUGCAUAAUAUCCAGUUAUGAAACAAUUUGUUUUACACCUCAAAUUAAAAUAAAAAAUUCAAUGCAAAGUACAGUCUAUUUCUCUGAGAUAUACAUACUACCAUAUUGAAGCUGUCACUUUUUAUGCUAGUGAUAAUCUUAUAGUCAUGCAUUUAGAGGUGUAUGGAUUGGUCACAUAAAAAUAAAGCAAUAUAUUAGUAGAAGUCACAUAUUCUCAAGGAUGUAUAUUUCUUUAUAUACAUGCUGAUACUUAAUUCUUUGUCAAAUUCAUAAUUAUACAGAAGUACAUGUUGAAUUGCUGUCUUCAAACCUACAGAAAAUAUGUUUGUCAAAUUAACAAUUAAUAUGCAAUCAGUUCAAAAAUAUUAAAGUUGUACCUUUUUUUCCGUUUUAACUUUCUGUAAAAGUCAAUACAGAUACCAUAUAAAUUGGUAAGCUUUAGUAGAAUUUGGUAUCUGUAAACUAAGAUAAAAGUCAGAUCUACUUUUGCUUUGAGAAGAGUUCAAGGAUUUAAUCAGAAUAUGAAAAAUCCACAGUCCUUCUCCCUUUUAUAUGUCUGCUUUGUUGGAGAUUAUAUUAAAAUGUCCUUCUUCCAGAA